UCUACUGAAGGGGAAAGACGUCUCACCACGCCACUAUAGAUCGACAGUACGUACUCAUUGGAUCACCAGGAAACCUGCCCACCACAUCACUUGGCCUUUCGAGCCGGAUAUAUUAUAGUUCCUGGAGCUCGUAUCGCGGGAAAAUUCUUGCGAUCCAUAAUUCAGAACGUCACAGGCUGCCAAAACGAAAAGUCAUUCCGCAGUGCAACGCGGGGCAAGCCUCUUCCAGCUCAACAACCCGAGAAGUUCCCGGUCCACUACUUUAAUGUCCGCCCAGAUCACAGUGGCGUCACAGGACGUUCCCAAAGAGCGUUUUAACAGGAGAUCGGCAGUCUUCAGCCAGAUCAGGACCAUUUGGAGCUUGCCCAGAAUACAUUCUGAAUCUGCAACUGAGUUAAGAGAGCUCCUGAAUACUGUCAAUGGAUGCGUCACGGCCCUGGAGCAAUGCGAAUUAUCCGCAGCCGAAUUGCUGGAUUGCUGGAUGGUUUUCCUGACCUCCACAAAAUUGCCCAGAGAGAUCUUGAUGCUCUGGGAAGAGUCCUUAGCCGACCCUACCGAGAUUCCGUCCUGGGAGGCGAUGAGUGAAUUCCUGUUUCGCCGAUAUCUCAUUCUCGAGAUGAGAGAGCUUUAUAAUCCCAGCACCUCCAAGCAGGCCAACGCCAAGGUACGCAAAAGGUCACGGCCCUGUGAUCUUUGCUGUAAGAAGUAUCAUCCUGUGCGAAAGUGUCGUCGUUUCCUACAGAUCACCGUAAAUGAGAGGAUUGACUAUAUCAAGCAGAAAAUGCUCUGUUUGAACUGCUUCGCACGAGGACAUGAGCUUCGAGAUUGCCCAAGUCCAUACGACUGCUUUACCUGCCUAGGGCGACAUCACACGCUUCUUCAUCAGGACAAUACCCCACCAAUUGUCUAGAAGCCAAACUCCGGC